CAUACUUCUCAAAUCUCAAGUUGUUCCUGAAGAAGAGAUGAAGAUGCUGCAGUUGGUUCUGAUUCUGCUCGUGCUGUCUGGUGUUUUCACUCAGGACAGUAAAUGGGGUGUGAAAUAUCCUGAUAAACCGAUCUGUGCUGUGAGAGGAUUCAGUGUCUCCAUUAAAUGUAGUUAUUAUUAUCCACAAGAUCAUCAGGUGAAACAAAAACUUUGGUGCUCAAGGAAGUCAAACACAGAACACUGUUUAAACCCACCAUAUGUUUAUAACAGCUCAUCAAACACCAAGUCAGACUUUAAGUUCACUGGGGACAACAAAUCAGACUGUACUUUAUUAAUCCACAAUGUACAGUUCAAUUAUUCUGGAGUUUACAAAUUCAGAUAUAUUGCUAAUGUGACCGAUGGUAAAUGGACAGGUGAACCUGGAGUGACUCUACAAGUUACAGAUUUAAAGGUGUCACUAAUCAGACUCAGUGGAAACGGAACCCUUAAACAAGGAGACUCCUUAAAUCUGACGUGUGAUGUGAGCUGCACAAACACUUCCUCACAGUUUGUGUGGUCUAAGAACAACCAGAGUUUAAAUACAUCAGGACCCGUUUUUCACUUUCCUGCUCUAACCCUGAGGGAUUCUGGGAAUUACACCUGCACUUGGGGAACCGGUGAGACAUCAGGAUCUGAAACCAUCAGCCUUCACGUGGAGGAUUUAACAGGUGAAAAUCCUCAACACCAGUCAGUCUGGGUCAUUGUUUUGGUGAUCAUCGGAGUGAGUGUCUUCGUCUCAGUCGUCUCAGGAGCUGUGAUUCACAACAGGAGGAGGAAAUUUACAGCUCCAGAAGAAAACGUGGGGGACAAUGGAGAGAAAACACGAACAAAGCCACAGUUCAGCUCUCAGGUUUCUCAUGUUGUUGAGGAAGAAAUGUUGAAAAAUGAGGAAGUGAUUUACUCGUCUGUCCAGUUAAAAACAACCAAAAGUUCACAGCUAAACCGAGAUCCUCAGCCUGAUAAAGAAGUGUUAGAUAAAGGAGGAGACAUUUAUGCAUCUGUGUUGAAGAAACCCAACAAAGCCACCAAACUGUGUGACCACACGGAGCAGCAGAAGGACGAUUCUGUUAUCUACAGCAGUGUGAAAAUGACCUGAUGAUGUUUUCACACCUCAUUCAACUCCAGUGCAGAUGAGUUUUAUUUAGACAUCAUCAUAAAACCUCAUCAUACAUUUUCCCAAUGCAUGUAAUUCUUUAGGAUUUAAGACUUGUUAAUAUCACAGGACAUUUAUUUGCUGUACACAUCCUGUUAAGAAGGGCAUUUAAACUCUUACAUUUUAGUAAUUUUAAGUUACACAAAUGGCUUCAAUUAACAAACCAAACUGAGUAUUUUAUUAAAUCUUUAACAAAAUAUAUAGCAGCUGUCCAGUUAUAAAUCGUCCCAGACGUUGCUUAUAAAGUCGGGCUGUGACAGUAUCGUCCCCAAUAGAGCCAGUGUUAUAUUUAUUACAAAGGAAUUGAUUCUCUAAUUAAGUCUAAAUUCAUGUGAUUUCUUCAUUGUAAUUAGGGGUCCAAGCACCAAGGGUGAGUAGGAACCCUGUAGUUAUUCUACCUUUUCUUCUUCCUCUUCUUCUGGCUUGCUAGACUGUUUUAGUUUUCUAUGUGGUGAUGGAUUUAACUGCUCUGGGAUUUUAGACCCUUCUGAAUCCAUCGUGUCAUGAAUCUUUUACAAACAGGAUGUAAAGUAUUGUAUAUCCUGUAAAUGACAUGUUGGUAAAGAGCUUUUUCAUCAGCACAGGUACAUCCUGACUGUUUAGCUUAUAUAUGUACUGUAUAUACGCCCGCUAGUCAUGUGACCUUCUAAUGUUCAAG